GCCGCCGCAGUGCAGCUCGGACCCGGGCACCCGCGAGACGCGCUCCCGGCUCCCACCCGGCUCGGGCCGCGGGACCCAGCACCGCCCGCAGCACCUAGGCUACUGCCAUGGGGAAUCUACCAUCUGCUGCGAAGCACUGCCUCAACUACCAGCAGCUUCUCCGCGAGCAUCUCUGGAGCGGAGACUCAGUGGCAGUGGCGCUGGACCCGGCGCAGGAAGCAUCCCCGUUAUCUGGACUCCCUGAAUAUGUGAAAAUAGUAGAAGUUGGACCUAGAGAUGGAUUGCAGAAUGAAAAGGUUAUAGUUCCUACAGAUAUAAAAAUUGAAUUCAUCAAUCAACUUUCCCAAACUGGCCUGUCUGUAAUAGAAGUAACCAGCUUUGUGUCUUCCAGAUGGGUACCACAGAUGGCGGACCAUGCUGAAGUGAUGCGUGGCAUUCAUCGGCAUCCGGGAGUUCGCUAUCCUGUCCUUAUACCUAAUCUUCAGGGUUUGCAGCAUGCUGUUGCUGCCGGAGCCACGGAGAUAGCAGUUUUUGGUGCUGCUUCAGAAUCUUUCAGCAAGAAGAAUAUUAACUGCUCCAUUGAAGAAAGUAUGGGAAGGUUUGAGGAGGUCAUCAGCUCUGCAAGACACAUGGACAUCCCAGUGCGAGGGUAUGUGUCCUGUGCCCUGGGCUGUCCAUAUGAAGGAAGCAUCACACCACAAAAAGUCACAGAAGUUUCAAAGAGACUGUAUGGUAUGGGCUGCUAUGAGAUUUCGUUGGGAGACACAGUUGGAGUUGGUACUCCAGGCAGCAUGAAGAGGAUGUUGGAAAGUGUCAUGAAAGAAAUCCCUCCAGGGGCUCUUGCUGUUCACUGCCAUGACACAUAUGGACAAGCCCUGGCAAAUAUCCUAACAGCUCUUCAGAUGGGAAUUAGUGUGGUGGACUCUGCUGUAUCCGGAUUAGGUGGCUGCCCUUAUGCGAAAGGUGCUUCUGGGAAUGUCGCCACUGAGGAUUUGAUAUAUAUGCUCAACGGCAUGGGACUCAACACAGGUGUGAAUCUCCAUAAAGUGAUGGAAGCUGGUGAGUUUAUUUGCAAGGCAGUGAAUAAAACCACAAACUCUAAAGUCGCACAAGCCUCCUUCAAAGCUCGACAUGAAUGAGUUUAUGAUUUAAGAGAGAGCAGAGCCAUUCCAGCCCUGGUUCAUCACAGCGUCAUUAGUGCCAAUUCAUUCUCAAGUGGAAGUUAAUAAAAAGAGCAAGGGAAGGAGAUAUGCUUUGAAAAGAUUACCACUGGGUGGGUAGAUCAUGAAGUAGAAGGAGGACAAGACAAGGCAUCUGUUCAACUGAAUGCUGGGAAUUAACCCCGGUGCACGUCUGGAGGUAAACAAAGCCUGCUCAUUUGCUCUUACAGAAAUCAUUUUAUUUUUUAGCUGAGUAGAACUGAAAAUUGACUUCAGAUUUCUCUAAGUAUCAAGUGCUGUGUUAAUGCCUCCUCAAGCUACCUUACUGCAGGGUACACAUGGUUAGUGGUUUAUGAGCCUCGGCAAAAUGCAGAGUGUGUGGCCCUGAAGUUGUGGUUUUUUUUUUUCUUUCCCCUGGAUCCCGACUUUCCAUCUGCCAAGUUUGUUAAGUUAUGGACUAAGAGCCAAAGUUUCAUCUGACCCAACAUAUUUUUUAGCAAUAGAACUUUUGUAUUUCAAGUGUGGCUAACAUCUGUUAACUAUUUCGAUGACUUUAUUGAGCUCCAAGAUGCUGUGGUCAAUGGCAAGAUGCCACAUCCUGAAAGCACACCAUACCUCCCAUGUUUGUUCUGUGCAUCCAGUUUGCUGUGUUUUACAUUUAAUCAAUUGUAGAAAAAGUCCACAGUGUUAUUUAAAUAUGGAGAAACUAUAUUGUAUGGUUUUUAAUCUGGUGUCUGAGGGACAGUAAUGAUAGUAGGCUGAUAAGAACACCCUGGUCUAUUUUAAUACCUAGUUUACUUUUGAAUUGCCCAAGGAAAUACUAUUGUGAUUUUUAAGAAUGUUAAUAUAAUUUUUAACUGAUGAAAAGUCUGUUUUCAUUGACUUACUGUACUCUAUAUCUGUUUAUUUUUUAUUUGAUUUUAGAAUAUUUAUUUUAAAGUUGAAUGACAGAAAUAUUAUCUAUAGUGCCAGAAAACAUUGCCAGGGAUAAUGAAAAUUAAUGCGUUAAAGAUCAAGGCCUGGGGAUAUGGCUCACUGGCUGUCCUUCUAGAGGACGUAGAUUUGAUUCUAAGCACCCAUACGGUGAUUUAAUAGCAUUUAUAACUCCAGUUUCAGGGAAUCUAAUGGCUUCUUCUGGCCUCUGCAGAACUAGUCAGGCAAUCAAGACACAGGUAUAUAUGCAGGUAAAACAUCCGUUAACAUAAAAUAGCAUAGACAUCCUAGAAAAUAGUAAAAAUAUUAAUUUGAAAACCAGAAAACAAGAAGGAUAUUGAUUAGAAGUAAAAUGUCAUUGAAGGUCUAUAGUAGGAAACAUUGGAAUGGAAACAUACAGGUUGAUAAAGAAACCUAAAUUUCCAUGGAAGACUCCAAAUUGUCAAAUUGUAACACGGUUCUUCAGUAGGUUUUGUUACAGCAUGCUUUUCUUCUAGAAUAUUGAAAGCAGUCUGUGCUUGGAGACUCAGGUUGGAAUAUGGAUGACACAGAGGCAGCAAAGCAGCAUCUAAUUGUGGGUCUGCCUGAGUCCUGUCUCCCUGCUCAUCACUCUUGCAGACUAGGGUGUGGGUCUGCCUGAGUCCCGUCUCCCUGCUCAUCACUCUUGCAGACUAGGGUGUGGGUCUGCCUGAGUCCCGUCUCCCUGCUCAUCACUCUUGCCGACUAGGGUGCCGAGAGGCAGCAGCACAGCAAAUGUGCUUCUUCCUUCAUUUCUGAGCAAAAUUGAUUUUUCCCUCUCAGAGACAUGGAGCACUGAGUUUUUGAGAUAUUUGUGAAAACUAAUAGUACUGUCUUAAUUUUUUUAAAAAAGAAUUUUUUCAACUAUUUCAGCUAUCCAGGAAAACUUUCAGUCAUUUCAUGACUCAUUGGAAAACCCCAAAACAAAACAAACCCCCUCACCUACACGUAUUUUGAUACCACAUUUUGCUUUGGUUUUACCUAGAAAGGCUUAAGAAUGACAAGGCAAAUAUAACUUUUUAUUGAAAUGUGAAUAAAAAUAAUCUUUCUUCACAUCUAUCCCUAAGUUAAGACUAUUCUGCAUCCUGUAACUUGAAGUACGUUUUAUCAUAGAGAUGGAAUGCUGCUCUAUUAUAGUUAGGACUGUUGGUAAGUAGUUGAUCACUCGACCUAGGAUGUGUAAGCACCUGGGUUUGAUCUUCCAGCCCAACAAACCAACAAGCAGAAAGAAGUUUGCUUUCUGAAAAUUACAAAUUUUGUAAAUCUCAUGUUCACGAACUCAGAGCAAACAAAUUUAAUCUGGUAAUUUUCUAGUGAAUUCAAUGUUCUUUUUAAGUUUUUAGUAUUUUAUUUACUAUAAAAUAUAAUAAAGACUUUCUUAGCUGUAUGCAUAUGGCUCUUAAUUUCCACAUGUAUGCUCUCAAUUUUAAUAAUUCUGCAUACUAUAUCUUGUAAAGGAGGAAUUCACAAUAUGAGUGAACAGAUUUAGCAUUGAGUAAAUUAUACCUGUUGUUCUUUUCAUGGUUGUAAAUAUGUAAAAACUAAAGACUCAGAAUAAAACAGAUAUGAAUUACAAUAAUG